AUGCAUUGCAACCAUUGGCAACCAAGGAUGCAAAUAUAUCCUUUUUUGAUAUUUUGUGCUUUGUGGGCUCUAGGAACAACCCAGGAGUUUGUUCCUACGGUAUGGAGAUCUAAUGUGGAGGUUUAUGAAACCGAUUUUGAGCAUUGGGGUGGCAUCUUGGAUGCCUUCAGGGAUUCCAAUACUUUGAUGUUUCAUUUCGAGGAUAAUUUCGAGGAUCGUUUGCUGAUAACAUUUGAUAGCGGUAGGAAUUGGCGAACUGUCGAUGUGUUUGGGGAAGGUAUUCCAUGGGUGGAUGUUGAUGAGUUUCAUAAAGAGAGAGCGUUCGUAACGACCUCGUCUGGAAAGGUCCAUAUGACAGAAGAUCAGGGAAGAAGUUGGAAGCAACUUUCUUUACCACAGGAAACCGAAGGCCAGAGUGAUUGCUUCUUUGACACACAUCCUUUCAAUACGAAUCUUCUAUUGCUACGCUGUGGUAUUACAAGGGAAAGCCAAGACUCACACUAUUUUAGAGAAGAUGUCGCUUACGCUUCCGAUGAUGCUGGGAAAAGCUUUAGACGUAUUUCGGCGCCAUUUGAAGAAUAUGAAGCUACUCAAGACCUAGAAUACCGUGGUACUACCUGCAAGUUUGCCACUUCAUCAAAAGAGUCUAUUUUCGAUAGGGAUGGAAUUUAUUGCAUGCACCGUUUGAGAAGCAGGACGGAAAUUCAAAAACAGUCUACACAUCCAUAUGGUAUGAACAUUGGAAAGAAAAAUUUCAGAGAGACACAGCCCUCAGUUCCAAAAAGGUACACUAUGGGUAUCGCCUUCUACACAACCGAUUUGGGUCAAAGUACAAAACUGUUUGAUGAAUUGGAAGGCUUCCCGGUUAAAGACGUGUCUAUCCUUCCUUCCCAUGUUUUGGUAACUACAUCAGAGGCCAAUGAAGCUGACGGUGCUGCAAACAGACUUUGGGUUUCUACAGGCGGGCCUUUCAAACCUGCACGCCUACCUAAGCGGGUGGCCUAUUUACCACCGAUGGUCAGCAUGUCACUGGAGCUUGAUCGAGAGCGUAUAUUAUUACAUGCUGUUCUGGAAGAAGAUGAAGGUCACGGAAAAUCCGAGCAUUUGCUACUGUCCGAUUCUUCUGGUCUCAACUUUUCUCUCAUCGACUCCAUAGCACAAGAACCUGCUCAGCAUGUGAUGUUCGAAAAGCUAAAUAACCUCGAGGGAACAAUAUGGGGUGAAUUCAUUUUUGAAGAGGUUCAUAAUCGGAGCACGGAAUUGGGCAUGGAUGAAACAAAUCUUGAUAAGAAGGUCAAUUGGCUUCAAAGAAUUAUUGAAUUUAUAAAGAAGCAUGUCCUCCACAGAAAGCCCUAUCCCCUCAUGGAACCUUUCCCCUUUAUCGAAUAUAAACGAUUUUCCAAGAAUAAAAUAAGCUUCGACAAUGGGGAAACAUGGACCAAUUUAAAGGUUGUGGAUCCAUCUGGAAAACAUAAGAACCUUUUCCAAUGCGAUAUCGAUGAUGUAGAACACUGUUCUUUCCAGAAAAAAAAAUUUUAUUCUCCAUUAAUUAGAAAUGAACCAACAGCUGGUAUACUCAUGGAAACCGGUGUUGUUAGAGAACGUUCCCUAAUCUUAGGUGAAAAAGAUGCAAUGGCUUUUAUUUCACGAGACGGUGGUGCUUCUUGGGAGGUGGCUUUUGAAUUUCCUGUGUAUGCAGCAUUUUUGGAUUUUGGGAACAUUAUCGUUGCUAUACCCAAGUUGUCUCAGAAAAACGGUAGGACAUUGAAGAAGUUCUUUUAUUCUGUGGAUCAGGGAAAUAAUUGGAGGGAAUAUUACCUCGAUAUCGUACUUGAUGAACCUGCACAUGCGUACGAUCUCGUACUUGAUAGCUGGGGUUUAAACGCUGUGAUAGGCCUUGUUAAACAAAAAUACGAGCGGUCCAGUAAAUAUACCUUUUACACAAUAGACUUUUCAGAAGUGUUCGGGGGGAGUGCUUGCACUGACGGAGAUUGGGAAAAAUGGUAUUUGUCUGAUGGCAAGUGUUUAAAUGGUGUCAAGUACAGCUUUAACAGAAGAAAAGCGGAUGCCCAAUGUUUGAUGAGGAAAGCAUUUGAAGAGCUAACACUAAAUGAGGAGAGUUGUGAGCCUAAAGACUCCCAAAGUAGUAUUUAG